AUGAUCUCAUCGACACUAUCAAAUUGGUAUAUUGAUCACUACAUAGGAGAAGAGUACCUGUGGAAACUCACUCUCACCCUAUUGCCACGUUCAUAUGCAAAUAGUACUUGCGUUUGUGGCUCUAGCUCAGCAUGUUCAUCACCGGCAUUUAUCGAGGGAUGGUUUGUUCCCGGAUUUCGAGUUGGUUGUAAUCCAAUUGAAUCUCUUCUACAAUCUACUCUUGAAUGUCUCUAUGAUGUAACAUGUAUAGACAAGAUCAAACCAAACAAUUUCACAUCAGACGUGACUUUUCGAGCUCUUAAUUUGACACGAUCAUCAUCCAGUGUUCUUGUUCAGUCUCUAGUGGAUAUUGUUAUGGUCGAACAAUGGAAUGUAAACGUCUUGUAUGAAUAUUACUAUAGAGCAUGUGCUCCUCUUUACUGUACUUAUUCACUGAGCAAGCGGUUCGGUAAAUUCUAUGUUUUUACUACCAUUAUCGGUCUUUCUGGUGGGUUGACUGUUAUACUUAAACUUACCGUUCCACUUGCAGUGAAAUUUGCACGAUAUAUUGUUAUGUAUCGCCGAAGACGAGUUCGGUCAACAGUUACUGUAAUUGCAUAA